AUGACCAGAAGCUGUGAUGGUCUUGUUUGCGUCUACGAUUUUCAAAAAGAGCUGUAUGUCAUCAAUCCAGCGACUAGAUGGUGUCGUUCUCUUCCUCGAGCUAAGUUUCAACAAAUUAACCGCAUUAGAGAAAAUCUAAAUAUUAAAGGAGAAACGAAGAUAGUAUAUUUUGAUCUUCACACAGAGGUUUUUCAUGUUAUGUCGGAAAUUCCGAUCGCCCAUGCAUCUCCAAGUCGCAUUAUCAUGUGGAGUCUGAAUAAUCGUCUUUGCGUAUUGGAGAAGAAAAUCAACAGUCAAGUGAUAUGGUCAUUGAACUCACACAAUGUAUGGGAGAAGACUUAUAGCAUUACUUUGAACCAGAGCUGUGCAAAUCUCUAA